UCGGGUGCGAGCGAAGGGAUACAGGGCAGAAGCGGACCCUGGUGGGAGCCUCGGAUUUGAUGUGUUAGUUGCUUAAAAGAAGCGUAGCGUAGUGGCAUUUCAGCCUGGGCAGAGCGGAUUCUCGUGUCUCGGGUUUGCGCGUAAGAAUGGACAGUGACGCUUUCCUGAAUCGCGCAUCUUUCUUACUGGCCUCUUGACCGGCUCUGGCGCCUGCCAGCCCUUCUCGGUGGACCUGCGCCGAGGUGCUAGAAAUGGGCGUCUGUGGAACUUGGAGGGCUCUGCCCCGCAACGCUUGCGAAACAGACGCACCGCCUGGGAGAGACAGAUGCCCAUCGGCAGAGGCCUGAUGGAUCCCAAUAUGGCUAUGUGUUCCCCAGUGGAUUUAUCAGUGAUUUGGACUCUUACAAGCAAGAACCCACAUUUCCUCCCUGCCUUGGAGAUCCGGAGAGUUCCCCAGAGUCUUGUAUGAACUGGCUAGAGAUGCAAGAACCUGGAUAUGAACCCUUUGAGAUAGGACACCUGGCUCAGCUGCAGAAUGUCCAAGUCUCCUACCCACCUGGUACUUACCCCCAGGCACAACUCUCUCUGGAACCAAUCUACAACCAUGAAGGAAUGAUGCCUGCCCAGAAUUCAGCUAUGAUAUUCAAGGAUGAAUACAACACUGAGAUCUAUCAGCCAUAUGAACAGUAUUCUGCUCCAAGGGAAAUAUGUAGCCCAUUGUCAGAAGAGGGGGAAUUUCACAAGGAUGGCCGGAAUCUGGAAGUAUCUUCUGAGAGUGAUCCAGAUGAGAAUCCCUUCUUUAGGUUUGAUCCUGGCCCUCGCCGGAAACUCCGCCUCUAUCAGUUUUUGCUGGAGCUCCUUGAAGGUGGUGACAUGAAGGAAUGUGUGUGGUGGGUGCAGCGUGAUGCAGGCAUCUUCCAGUUCUCUUCAAAGCACAAGGAGCUUCUGGCACACCGCUGGGGCCAGCAGAAAGGCAACCGCAAGAAAAUGACCUACCAAAAAAUGGCCAGAGCUCUGCGCAACUAUGGCAAAACAGGCGAGAUCUGCAAAGUGAAGAAGAAGCUCACGUACCAGUUUGGGACCUCACUGCUGAGCCCAUCACCUUCUUCCUAAAGCCCUCAUGACCCCUGGGCCAGAAUAGCCUCCAAUGAAAUGCUUCCUUUGUUGGCUUUCUUGAAAACUCUAUAUGGGCAUUUGCCAGCAUGGCUGUAUUAGAGAACCUGCCAUAUGCUUUGCACUAAGCAAGGAGUUGGAACCUGAAGGCAAUGAGGGCUUUUAUUGGGUUGGGUGGGGGUUCUGCACUUUAAGGGAAGGUUUAUGAACCAGGACUUGGGAGGAUUCCUUUUGGGGAUGGGAAAAUGAGGUUCAGCUGAAAUCCAUCAGGCUGAGAUUCCUUGAUUGAUCUUUUCUGGAUGGUUUGAGAACCAGAGCUCAUAUCAAUUCUUUUGGGGAUCAUUGGUGAAUGAAAAAGAGAUGAGACAGCAGCAGAGCUGCUAAAUUAUUUUUGAGUCUGGCCUUAAUGGCUUUAUGGGCCCCUCCCUAAAAUAUUUGUGGUGUCUCCCUACAAUUGCACAGGACUUAAUCCAAUGUUUCUCUUAUUGUCUUGCCAUUGCAUGCCUUACU